CCUUGCCCAGCAUGCCGAACCCGCACUACGACUUCCUGAUCAAGCUGCUGCUCAUCGGCGACUCGGGCGUCGGCAAGUCGUGCCUGCUGCUGCGGUUCUGCGACGACGCAUGGACGCCGAGCUUCAUCACGACCAUCGGCAUCGACUUCAAGAUCCGCACCAUUGAGCUCGACGGCAAGCGUGUCAAGCUGCAGAUUUGGGACACGGCAGGACAAGAACGGUUCCGCACCAUCACGACGGCCUACUACCGCGGCGCGAUGGGCAUCCUGCUCGUAUACGACGUGACGGACGAGAAGAGCUUCAGCAACAUCCGGACGUGGCACUCGAACAUUGAGCAGCACGCCAGCGAGGGCGUCAGCAAGAUUCUGAUCGGCAACAAGUGCGACUGGGAGGAGAAGCGCGCGGUCACCACAGAAGCCGGCCAAGCACUGGCCGACGAGCUGGGCAUCCGCUACGUCGAGACGUCGGCCAAGGCCAACACGUCGGUGGAGGAGGCCUUCUUCACGCUGGCGCGCGACGUCAAGACGCGCGUCAUCGACGCCGCCGCCGGCGCGGCAGAGUCGGCGCCGGGCGCCGAGCAGAAGGGCAUCCAGGUCGGCGGCGCCAACCAGCAGGGCUCGGCACAGAGCGGGUGCUGUGCUUGAAAGAGGCGCAGCCGGCGCCUGCGUGGCCCCAUCUCCCUCUGCACCCGUCUGAGCGGCCUCGCCCAACACACUUUGUACAUAUGACUCGGCCUCGCUUGCGGCGCGCGCUCUCUCUCGUUCCCCAGCCUAUUACCCACACACGGAGCGGCCGCCUGGGCCCGCUCCUGCUCGCGACGCAAUACGAGAACAGCACGCCCACCCUCAUGUCGGGUGUGAGGGACGCGUGCAGUGCGGCGCGAGGGCGAGGCUGGUUUAGCAGAUCUCGAUUGCAUCCUAGCCAGGGCGACGGGCACGGUGCGCGGCAUCUGGCACGCGUGUCGGUCGCGCUCGGGCGCCCCCUACAGCAG